AGUGAUCAAGAUGUUAAUUAGUAUGAUCUCCUAAGUUCUCUUGCGUUUAAAAUCUAUUUAAAAUAAAAGACGGUUUCUUUGAGUUAACAAGAAAAUUUGCAUUGCUAUUGUAUGUAAAACUGGCGUCAGCACAAACAAGAAACGAAAUUUCACAAGCUGUUAAAGAGGGAGAAACGACUUCCAAUUUUUCAAAGAUGGCUGUUGAUAAAAUGCAAACGAAAGAUGCUCAAGAAGUUGUGUCAAAAGAGCGAUAUAAGUUGGUGGUUUUAGGAGACGAAGGAUGUGGAAAAACAGCAUUACUUAAUGCGUUGGUUAAAACUUCAAAUUUUGAGGUCGAAGAUUCACAUCUUUCGUCAUUCGAUGAGUGUGUUCAGGACAUUGAUACAAGUGAAAACCAUAUUGAAUUUACUUUAUAUGAAAUAACAGGUAUGGAUGACUACAGCAGUUUUCGUUACGAACUUUAUGAAGGAACUGACGUCUUUCUUGUUUGCUUUGACAUUGGCAGUCCAAGCUCUUUAGAAAGUGUUAUAACUAAGUGGUCAAAUGAAAUCAAACAAGAACAUCCACACAUUCCUUUUUUACUGAUUGGUUGUAAAAAUGAUCUUCGAACGGAAUCUGCGUUAGAAAAUAAAGAUUGUCAGGAUAGUGUCUCAAAAAUUAAGGCAGAGUCAGUAAGCAAAAGAAUCAGAGCAAGAUCAUACGUGGAAUGUUGUGCAAAGACAAGAUGGAAUGUUAAUUUGGUAUUCCAAGCUGCAGCCGACGCGAUUUUUGAAGAAGACACAGAUUAUUUUCCAGAUUUUAAUGAACCUGUAUUUCGAAGAAGACUCGGUUCGGACAAAAGUACUUCUAAUCUUAGAAGAUUUUCAAUUGUCUUUGGUUCGAGCUUCGAUUGAAUGAUAUAAACAAUCAUCGUCAAUUCUAAAAAUUAAAUGAGCUCCGAUGGAGAAAAUUGAAGAUAAAUUUGAAACAACUAGGACGCUUGGUAAGUAUGGUAUAAUUGUAAAACUUUUCUAACAAAAUACCAUCAGAAAUAAAACUGUUGGUGUAGCAUUAUAAAGCAAAGUCUAUAUAUAAUAUUUCUUUUUUUGUAGCAAUUUUUUUAGGUUAUACAUUAAUUACAUUUACGAUAAAAAUA